AGUGAUCCGAAGAGUGCUCUCCUAAUUUUUUUUGUGUCUAGAAAGCACUAAACUGAGAGGAUUUGCUUGUACAGCCACCAAGAAUGACAAUAUAUCAACUAAAAACUUCUCAUGACAUUCAAGGACUGAAGUUAUGCCUCAAGGCGGGACUGGCUUGUUCCCGAUAGAUAACUUCAAGCAACAUAACAGCUUGUCAACCAAAAUACAGUGGAUUAGAGCUCUAAAACGUUCAUGCGUCACCUCGAGGACAACGCAGCGUGCCGGAGAGUCUAUGGGGACAGCAUAUUUCAGAACUGAUGUGAAUAUUAGCACAGCGUAGAACAAAUCAGACUCUUCUCUGAGACACAGUCCGGACUGACAAGGAGGGUGUGUUAACUCCCUUGGGCAAGAAACCAGUCGGACAACUUAGAGGCAAAAGAUUUUCACUUUCUCGAAACAAUGGGAUAAGUCUUCUACAACGGUGCAGCGUCGCUAUGGCCCGAGGUCAGCUUUACGCUAAAAGUGCUUUCUUUUCGACGGUUAUCCGUAAUCAUCAGGUGAUAUUCCACUUCGCGUUGUCGAUUGUAGACAGCGGAGCAAUCAAUUCAACAUAUUUCAGGCGUACGUGCAAGCAAAUACCAACGCUAGAUGAUAACGAGCCGAUCAGAUUCCGUGUCCGAACGCCAGAAGUCGGGUUGAGACAAGAUGCACAGCCUAUUGAACUGGGGAUGAACGACUUGAGGGGUCGAAAAACAAAGUGGCUAGUCAGCCAGACGCUCACAGUGACGGCUAUACACAUGUAGGUAUGGCAUUGAAGGAGAGUAAUCGCUGCGUAUAUGAUAUAAGUUUGCGCACAAUGCUCGAUCCAAUUUAUCCUCGAUAUAUUGACAUCAAACAUCCACAUCAUCGAGUCCAAAUCAAACCCCCAGACAACGAUACUACAUGAGUACCUCUUCAACAAAUAUGACCGACGUGCAUGCAAAAAACUCGAGCGUUGACCAGAGCGUGCUCAAACGGCAGCGCGAAGCGCUGGAGCAUCAGCUCGAAAGCAACUGGAACGGACUGCUGAUCAACGACUUUCUGAACUGCGACACCUCAGCAGCGAGCGAUCUUUGGGCGGCUGAGCGCCGCGAGCUCGAGCGGCUAUCGAACACGCCGCCGGCCCGUCUCGCCGACGUCGAAGUAGACAAGACGCCGCUGUCCCCGCGCGAGAAGCGGGAGCACGAGUUGGAGACGACAGGCAACGGACUGCUUGUCAACGACUACUUGAACUGCAACGCUUCGUCUGCGGAAGCCUUGUUUGAAAACGACCGUGAGGAGAUGGCCUAUGCCGAGAAGUCCUAUGCCGAGAAGUCCUCCACGAGGUCGAAGAACGCGAAUUGUCCGGAAGAAGAAAAAGAUGAAGAAGAAAGAAGGGACGGCGCUGAACGCGCUCUCGAGCAAGCCUGGAACGGCCUGGUCGUCAAUGACUGGCUGAACUGCGACAGUUCGGCAGUGGAGGAGCUUUGGGACGCAGAACGGGAUCAGAUCAGUCGGGCCUCGUCUCGUGGCAGGGCAGAUCCGGAGGCCGGACUAUCAGGUCAAAGAUGAAAAGAGCGGUAAUGUCCCAUUUGUACCGUCAAUGUUAGUAAAAUUUAAUAUGACCGGCAUGAGCACACAAAAGACUUUUUUGACGAUUUGUCCUAAUCUUGCAAUCUGCAUACUGUCUUGAGGCUUUGUCUUGCCCGGAAACGUCAACACGGUCUCCGGGCUGAUUUGCGCUGGAAAAUGAAAAAGUAUGGACUUCAUUACUAUUAUUAUUGCUGCUCUGUCUCGCUUCAAGAGCAUACUGAUACACUGGCUCAUGGUACGCCAAAGAUGACAAACGCCACCCACCUACUCAUCCAAAUGAUAUGUGGCACAAUGAGUUGCGUUGUGGUAAAAGGACAUUCCUAGUUCAAAAUACAGACGGUUCGAAUCAAACAUUUCGAUCGGCAUCCGGCACCUGACCGCGAUAACGCUCUUUCCGCCUUAGGGUUUGGUCCAACUUAGCGUCCGGAGGCUCUCAUGCCAGCAUCCUCUUCGCCCUCGAGUUUCAUGUGUUCUGGUUCGCUUAUACCUUUCUGUGCGGCUAGCCACUUGCCGUUGGCAGCAAUGGCCUGUCUCUCAUAUUUGCUCUUUAUCUCGCCCUGCCACAUGGUGCCCAUGUACGCAUCCCAAAAUGUAAACCAGGGCUGACUAAAGUUGGUCUUGAUACCCCAGCUCUGAUGGUGGAUGUCGUGGUAGGCGGCAUUGUUGGAUGACAUGCGCUGGAAUGGGUCCCACGGAAGCUUAUAGCCGCAAUGAUCGUCGACGGUUUUGGCCGACGAGAUGCCAAAGAAAAUAAUCGAUUGGCGCGUGGAGAGUCCCAUGACCAGAUAGGCGACACCAGAGCCGAGCGUGUCGAGGAGGAAGCCUUCGACGGGAUGAUUGUAUAGAGCGCCAUAUGCGUAUGGCACGUAAAGACGGUGAUGUCGUGAGUGGAAGGUAGCUGAAAAGAGCUAAGCAAAGACGCUGCAACAGGUUGGGAGGUAAAGACUUACUGUACAACCACUUGUUGAGAUGCAUGGCACGGUGCCAGAAGUACUGCCAGGUGUCGAGGACGAUCAUGGCACCAAGUAGCUGCAGGCCGGGAAUGACGACGUAGUACAAGGCCUUUGCUACCCAGAUUUCCCAUGCCGCAAAGGCCGGCGCCAGAGUAAGCUCGCCGUUGAUGAGAGCUGUCUGCAUAGGGUACUUGCCGCCGGCCACGACGCUUGCCAAGAUCGGUGCCGAAACCUGCCAGUUCUUACUUAAGGCCGCAGCGUUGAUGCCAACCAUUCCAAGAAUCGAAGGCACAGCCUUCUCCAGGACGCGAAUCCUCCUAGCCCAAACGGCGAUGUCGUACUCUUCCCGGCCGUACAUAGGUUCGGGAUCAAAGUAGGACAGGGCAAUGCCAGCCAGAGUUUCAAUUAUCUGCUGUAUAAUGACGUCGCGAAAGACAUCCCACCUCGAGGCAUGGUUGCGCAUCAGCAGCUCCUGCGGUGUAUGAAGGCGAUACUGCGGCCACACGUCGUAAACAUCGAUUAUGUGGAAGAAGAUGGACAGGACCCAAUAGGUUACGAUCGGUGCAGCGAGAGACAAGGUAAGAUCCGAGGCCCACGGGACCAGAGGAGGCAGAGGCUUGAGCUCGUACUCGGGCAGUGGCGGCAGGGAGUCGACGGUGAAGUUGGAGGCCAUCGCUUCGAAGAGGAGAGAAAUGAAAAGGGGGACCCAAGUGUGCGAGAGAUCUGGAGGGAGAGAGAAGGAACGAGAAAGUUAUACGUUCAAGGUACGGCGGACGUGUGCAGCUUGUCCAGACGUGCCGAGCUGAGCUGAUCGGCCGCAGUCAAAAUCAAGAGCGUCAAGCAAGCCGACUACGUUCUGCGCUAAGGGGAGGCGAGGAAUGCCGCGCAUUCGACUGCGCGCCAGGAAGGUGAUUGAAGAGUCCAGCACCAAGCAAGAAAGCAACAGCUGGCACAGUGUUGAUACAAAAAAGCGACAAGGAGCGAACAACGGUGGGAGUCGAGUGUGUACAAUGGAGAUACAAGAAGUUGGAGGUGGUGUGAGGAGAGAAAAUAUUAAAUUGGCAGAUGUUCUGGACGCGCUGAUGGAGAGAUGAAUGCGGCUUCGGACGAGCCGGACGGAUCCAAAGUUGCGCCACUUUUAAGUUCCAGCGAUUCUACGUCAGCACAGCGAGCUACACUGGUCCCGUACGUGCCCUGCAGCACGGCAGCUGGGCGGGCUUUUUGAUUGUCAUCGACACUAGUAUGAAAUACAGUUUAUCUGAUCGACUGGCGCUCUGGGGCGGGCGCACGACGAAUUAUGCUUGCGUUCCCAGUCGUGGCUCGCCCCAGGGAAGGGCAGAGAGACGGAGCGAGGCCAGCGUAAAGCACAGCACGAGAAUGCGUAUUCGUAGUACUGGAUUUGCUGGGGCUCGAGACUCACAGGAAGGAAGGAGCGUUCGUUGCCUUACCAACGUGCCUUUUGCUGCCUGACCAAAGAUGC